AUGAAGGUGAUUCCGAGCAUUUUGGCCCUCGGCGCCUUUGUCGUCUUCAGCACGGAGACAGCUUGUGCUCAAGAUGCCGUUGAAGCUGCGCCUGGUACUGAGCUGUUCGAGCAAUACCGCCCAGUUUACCACUUCACCCCUCGCGAGAAGUGGAUGAACGACCCGUGCGCGCCGUACUACGAUGAAGCCACCGGUUUGUAUCACAUGUUCUACCAGUCGAACCCGAACUCGACAGUAUGGGGCAACAUGACGUGGGGCCAUGCCGUGUCGAAGGACCAAGUGACCUGGGAGGACUACCCAGAUGCGCUUCACCCGUUCGAGGAUAAAUGGGACAACCUCGGCGUGUUUUCGGGUUUCGCGAUGAACAAUGCUAUUGACGGCAAGCACACAGUAUUCUACACGGGUGUCACUGCUCUCCCUAUUUCAUGGAAGAAAGAAUAUCUUUUCGGUGAGCACGUCGUGUACGCGACUACAGACGACGGCGGCAAGACCUGGCAGAAGGGCGGCGAACCUUUGAUCGAGCUACCCCCGCAGGGUCUAAACGUGACCGGUUGGCGUGACCCGAUGCCUUUCCAUUCCAAGUCCUUGGAUGCUCGCUUUGGCUAUGACGCCUCUAAGGGCAGCAACUACAUCCUUGUCGCUGGUGGCAUCCACAACGUCGGUCCGCGUAUUUUCCUUUAUCACGCGGAGGACUACGUGAACUGGGAGUACAAGGGCUACCUUCUAUCACAGGAGAAAAACACGACAUUCUCUCCCUACAGCGCCAACUGGGGCUACAACUUCGAGACCACCAUUUACCGCGAAAUGACAGAUGAGGAUGGUGAGCUCCACAACGUGAUGCUGUUUGCUGCUGAAGGUGAUCCAAAUCGGUACCCGAUGUGGGCCACGGGCUCGUUCUCCGGUGGCGGCUGUGGCGUGGAGGUCGACCCUGAGGCGGGUCUGUUUACUCCUCUGAUGGUCGGUGUGUCGGAUCGCAGUGACUGGUACGCCAACAGCAUCUACACAGACGAGGACGGUAAGAAUGUACUGAUCGGUUGGAUCACCGAGGACAACAACUUCACCACGGGACAGCCCCAGGGCUGGGACGGCAUUUUGUCAGUGCCCCGCGAGGUGGGGAUCACCAUUGUGCGCGAUAUCUAUGACGUCGACGAGCACCUGGUCGGCAAGGGCGACUGGAUCGUGUCCGACUCAAAGGACGUAUCGUGUGCCGACGGAUCGACAAAGCAGAGCAAGACCAUCAAGACGCUCGGUGUUAAGCCACUGAGUGACCUGCAGUUGCUCCGUAACGUAGACGCACUCGAGCAGGUGGCCAGCGUGUCCGUGAAUGGAUCAUCGCAGGUGCUGAACUCGACGGGUGCUUCAUUCGAGCUGAUUGCUGAAGUUUCGGACUUUGAACGCGGCAGCAAGGUUGGCUUUGAGGUUCGCCGUAGCUCGGCUGGCGAUGAGGUGACGACUAUCUUUUACGACGACGCGGAGAAAAAGGUGACCAUUGACCGCUCCAAGAGUUCGACAGCUGAAUGCGCUGUGUUCAAGGACAACGGCGUGAAGCCGAUUUCGGACUCUGUGUGGGGCUUCUUCUAUCUGUACGACCUGUUCACGGGUGCUUCGCAGAACGAGGUGUGCGAAGCUACCCGAGAAAAGCUGAGCUUCCACGUGUUCGUGGAUGUGUCUAGCGUGGAGGUGUUUGUGAACGGCCGCUUCUCGCUGUCGGCUCGCGUGUACCCGUGUGCCAGCCAGACGAAGUCGGACGGCAUUGCUCUGACGGCUUCCGCUAACGCAACAUUCGAAAACGUGCAGGUCUGGACGGAGCCUAAGCACGCCUGGGCUGAGACCCGCACAGUGCCCACUUUUUAA